UAAAUUAGUGUUACGAAAUAAAAUAUUCUUCGUGUAGUGAUUGAUGGUAAUAAACAAUACAUUUUUGUUUAUUAAUAAAUUGUUACCAACGAAAUAUCGUUCUGAACGUUGCAAUACAAGGAAAUAAAAACGAAAAAUCGCUUACGAGUCUCUACACUCGAAGAAUCUGUACAUUCGGAAACGUAGAAGACACUAUGCCGAAGUUAGAAAGUACUAUACCAGGUCUCGAGCACUUUCCUGGGAGAGAAAUUAAAUUUACAACGCCGUACUCAUUUCUCGAAUCAAGAAGAAAAAUAGACGGUGCAGAGAACCUCUGGAGGAUCGACAAUAAUUUAUAUGAUCUAGAAGGUUUUGCGAAAGUUCAUCCAGGUGGAGAAGAAUGGAUUCGCCUUACUCGAGGUACUGACAUUACGGAAAUUUUCCAGGCGCAUCACUUGACCGAUAAAGCUCAGAAAAUGCUUCCAAAGUACUGCGUAAAAGAGGUCACUUCACCACGGACGGUGCCGUUAACCUUUCAACCGAAUGGUUUCUAUUCUACGUUUAAAAAGCGCGCGCUAGAAGCAUUGAAGGAUGUGAAUUUCCAUCGGCCGUCGGUAAAAACAAAUUUGAUCGCCGAUUUCCUUGUUACCACUACGAUUCUACUUAGCCUAGCAGUUGCUCACACGCAAUCUUAUCUACUCGUCCCACUUGCUGGACUAUUCCUCGCAUGGACUGCAAUAUGUGGGCACAACUAUUUUCACAUGAGAGAUAAUUUUCGGAUGUAUUAUUUUGAUUUAAGUACAAUGUCGUCAAAGGAUUGGAGGAUAUCACAUGCAAUGAGCCAUCACAUUUAUCCUAAUACUCUUUGGGAUUUUGAAAUUUACACACUUGAACCCUUCAUCUACUUUUUACCUUUUAACAAGAAAUCUUUGUUACGGGGUUUCAUAAGUCAACUCUUAAGUCCACUUUAUUGGUCUUUGGCCCUUUUCGACCAAGCAAUCAAAAGAUAUUACUCGGUGUUCUGCGAGUACAAGAAAUUUGAAUUUCGAGAUGCGGUACCUUUCUUUCUACCAAUGUUGAUGUCUUUCUUUGCACCGAGCCUUCUGACUACCGUGAAAUUAUGGUUGCUAAUUAUAAUUUCAGCUAGUUUCGUAUUUUUCAUGGUAGGUUUUAAUGCAGCUCAUCAUCACCCUGACAUCUUUCACGAUGGCGAUGUAUGCAGGGACGAUCUCGACUGGGGUUUACUGGAAUUGGACGCCGUAAGAGAUCGAAAGGUGAUCGAUGAUUCCAACUUCUUAGUGUUGACUAAUUUCGGCUUACAUGCUCUUCAUCAUCUUUUACCAACGGUGGACCAUUAUUAUUUAACUCGUUGCUCAAAUGCGUUCGAGGAAACUUGUAAGGAAUUUGGAAUUAACACUAAAAAGUUUACCCAAUGGCAACUCGUGAAAGGACAAUUCAAACAGCUCAUACGUAGAAGUGGGAAAGAGAAUUUUAGAUAGACAAACGAAUAAACUAUGAUUAACCCUUUGCACUGCGACUUAAUUAUGAUAAAACAUGCAUAGAAUUAGUAUUUAAUAUUGAUUAACCACUGUAUACUUAUCCUAUCAAAGAUAAAAUUAGAUCGAAAUUUUAAAAAUUCUUCGAAAUUUGUGCACGUGAAAACCUGUGAAAUAUAAUUAUGGUUAUAUGAUUAGUGUUGCUUACACUCGCGAGACUCGACAUGAAAGACACCUGUCGAGUUAGACCCGUCAUUUUAGUGCAAAGGGUUAAAGGACAAUAGAAGUGGAUACUGAUAUAUACUUCAUUUUUUAAAAGCAUUGUCAUCCAUUUAAUUCGUUUAGGUAAUAAGUCUUACGCGCGUGUUU